AUCGCAUGCCAGGGGCGCUCCAGCAGAGCGGGCGGCGGCCCCCUCCUCCCCUCUCGCCCUCCCUCCCUCCCUCCCUCGCCGGCCCGCCCCUCGCCGGCCUCUAUAGAGGGGAGGGAGGCGGCAGCGACCCGGGCAGAACGCCGCGCAAGCCCUCGACGCCAGCAGCUGCCAUGGCCGGCAAAGCGCUCGCCCUCCUGGCCCUCGUGCUCUUGCUCGACGCCCUUCGCCACUCGGCCGGGAAGCCCAUCAGUUUGACCUAUCGUUGUCCCUGCCGAUACUUUGAGAGCAAGGUGGCCAAAUCGCACAUCAAACACCUCAAGAUGCUGACAGUCCCCGGCUGUUCUCUCCAGAUAAUCGCAAAACUGAAGAACAGCAGCAAGCAGAUCUGCAUCGAUCCCAAACUGAAGUGGCUUCAGGAGUACCUGGAGAAAUAUUUACCCAAGCGAGUCAAGAUGUAAGAGGCGAGCGCUGUAGCGGCCUACGGGAUGCCUCGCCGUAAGAGCCAGAAAGCAGAUAUCCCACUCUUAGGGACUGAGGAGUGCCUGCUUCCAUGCAGCACAAAAAGCAACGCUUCGCGCACUCCCAGAGGCUUUGAUUUGCACAGGACGCCUCGCCUUUCCUAAUACUACUCAAAUGUAGCAGGACCUUUCUGAUGCAGCUUGGUUUAUUACAUAGCACUGAUAACUGGCAGCAGAGAGGAACUUAGUAGGACUGUUCCCUUCCACUGUGCAGAAUCCUGGCAUUUGGGGCGCUGAGAGUGACCGAGCAGGAAAACGGGAGGGGGGAGAGAAAGGAAGAGAGCAACCACUUAAAACUGUAGAGGAGACUUCUUUGAGGGGCAGGGCUACUCUGUUGGCCACCAGAAUCCAUGCAGGUGGGAGGGGAGAGGAGCUGAUGCGUUCCAUGCACGUGCAAGCCAGCAGCCAUUAUUCAACGGGGAGGACUCUAGGAACGGGCCCCAUGAAUUGAGGCCUAAAGGCAACCCUUUCCAGAGGCCCCGUCCGCACCUCCUGCUCUUGUGCUUCACCAUCACCUCACCCUGGAACCUUCUCGCCUAGUGCUUGGAGUGGCCAUCUUGGCCUGAGAAUGGUGUGCUUUCCUUAGUCAACACUGCCCAGCCUUCUGCAGAGCUCAUCGUUUUAAACUCUGGUGACUUCCCUGCCCCAUGAAUUCCAUGCCCUGUGAUUUUGGAGCACCCAUGAUUGGGAGGGUGGCCACAGAUGAACUCCAUGGGGAUGAUUUUGCUAGAAGCACAGAUCAACAGUGAAUCUGCCUGUAGCCAAAUUUACACCACAAACCAUGUUAAGUCGGUUUUUGGCAGGGUGAGGGGGGGCAUGACUCCUCCUUUCUUGCACAAAUUAGAACCCCAGGGGUCAUUUCAGCUAGUUUUGGGGCUGGUCGUUACAGUAGUCAGUUGAGCAAAUAUCUUUUCUCUUGCCUGCAAACAGACUGCCAAAGCAGGGCAGGUUUCCUGAUGGAGACCCACCUGUUUGUUAUUCUUGUGCCCUCUCUAGUAUGUCUUGGAUCUUUGUGAAAAUGGAGUUUGGUCCUCUCAGAGCUAAGCUACAAGAGACAAAUUACACGGGGAGGAGCACGUGAAGGGAGUCGCAAUGUUAGCCGGGAAGCUGAGUUUUAAAAGAGAUCGGAAGGCUUUGUCAAUUUCCCCUCUGCAGAGCUAGGGAGAUGCUGCUGAGACCUUUUGUUUAUUUCCUCUUCGGCUCUUAGAAGGGGAAGUGAAACUGACAGAGCCAUCUGGAGGCAAUGAGGGAAUUAACAAACUUUCUGAGGAGCCAUCUGCCCUGACUGUAUAGAGAGGGGAAAUUGACAAAGCCUUCCAAUCUCUUUUAAAACUCAGCUUCCCGGCUAACAUUGGAACUCCCUUCACAUCUCCUCUUGGUGUAAUUCAUCUCUUGUAGCUUGGCUGUCAGUCUUGUGCUGUUGAGUGCCAUUCAGUGCUGAUCGGCUCUCUUCCGCUGCAGCCUACGGGUCUUCCCAAGUUCACUGGAACAGAGAAAGGCUUCUGUCGCUUGGAAUGCAGCACCACAAAGAGUCCAUCUGUUGGGUGUGAGUUGGCUAGAUGCAGGACCACAAACCCUUCCUGCACCCUGGUAUCCAUGUACUGGCUGAGGGUGUGUGUGUGAGUCUUUAUACGCUACCUGUGUCAAAGUGGGAGGUGAGACCAAAGGAUUCAAGCAAGUGGGAUACAGAAUUAAACCUUCUUCUCUUCUCGGCCACUCUCUGCAAAACUACAAGGCUCCUCAUUUUUGAGCCUGUCUUUCUACCCGACUGUCUCUUUUCUGCUGUAAGAUUAGAGAGUCUUGUCUAACUCCUAAACAGUCAGUAGCACAAUAGCCCACAGCAGUCAAUGCUCUGAGUGUGUGUGUGGGGGUCUAUUUUAGCAGGGGGGGGUGUUGGGAGGCUGAGCUGUACUGUUAAAACUCAAGUUCAGUUUCCACCCAGCACACCCUGUUGCCAGCACAUAACACAGUUGCUGAUACGACCGACUGAAAUGGUCCUCGUGCUUCGUGAAAAGCACCGUGCGCAGUGCCUGAUUUGGCUCUAGCUUCCGUGACCUGUUGAGGUCUUCGCUGGAUGUGAGCCAGCCUUACAACAUUGAACAAUAACAAAAGCCAUUUUGGAAAGUGAAGAAAAGAGAGUAGUACCCCCAAAAGUUAAUUUCCCGUAAAUGUGAAACGAAAAUUCACAAAAGAGCCUUUUAACUAGGCUAUAGCCUCAGGUUUAACAAAGAAGUCAGAAUGCACGUUUGUAUAAUGAUAGCAGGGCAAAGUGUGAUGUUUCUAACAGAUUUGCAAAUGUAAUUGCUCCUGAAUUUGCUUCUGAGAAAUAAAUGGUCCAUGAGUCAUUUACUCAGAGCCAAGCUACAAGUGAUGAAUUACACUUGCCUGGCAAGUGUAAUUCAUCACUUGUAGCUUGGCUCUCAGUGAUCAUGAGGAAUGGAUGGGGAUGGGACCUUUUCUCAGCUGUACUGAUCUCCCUUAGUUAUUUCCUAAUACAUUUGUUUUUACUUGGGAUGAAACGAAUUCAGCAUUCAAAAGAAAAUUCUGCUUACAGCUGAUUCAUUCGGGGCUGGAUUUCUUUGCGAAAAUUUGGAUUCCAUGUUGCAGGAGGGGUAAUGCUGAUACCAUCUGUAUUUGGCCUUUAAAACUAGUGCAUGUCUGUCAAAAAUAAUUUUUGUCUGACAGAUCCAGACCAUGUAACCUUGAUGUCGAUACCAGUUUGUGGUCACCUGGUCCUCUUCACGCAUCAGGUACUAAGAAAAGGACCAUCUCCCUUUAGACUCCCCGGUAUUUAGUGUAUGCGUUGAACACCCACUUCCAAUACACUCUUGAUGGAUGCAACUAUGGAUUUUUCUGCACUUCCUUUACUCACUUGCCACGGAAGUGUCACUCAACUGAAAAAUAAGUGUGAGAGUAUGCAACAGGGGUGACUCUGAACAGAUGAUAGAAGAGCAGAUAUUGCAUCAAAGGGGGGGAAAGGGUGCUUAUAAUUACUUGAAUUGAUCAGUUCAAUUAGUUACACUUUAAAGAUUCUCUGGUUUAAACAUCCUAUUUCUGCAAUGCAAUGAACAUAGGUGAGAACCCUUUUUUGUUGGGAUUGUCUGCUCUGCAGCAUUCUGGCCAUGUGAGUCCUGCUUCAUUGUAUACUCAAAGAGGCCAUUACGCACAUGCACAAAAGACAGGGAGAGCUCACUUAAAUUUUGGCCACCAUGAGCUCUUGCAUCUAAGCAAUUGUUGACAGCUGUCAUCAAGGGCUUCUUCCUUAGUCAUGACUAGGGGUGUGCGCCGGGGAAAAAUUUGGGUUUCCCGCUUCGGGAUUUGGGUCUUUAAAUUGCUUCGAUAUGCUCCGUAAAGAUUUGGAGCAUACCGAAGUGAGGGGGAAGCGUUGCCUCAGCCCUCCACCUCCAGUAGCCUCCCCACCCCACUUACUUCUCUGACAGGAGGGAAGCCCAGCUGGGCAGCAGGAGGGCGCACUGCUGCCACCUCUGCCACCGUGCUGGCAAGCUGGGAGGUGGGAAGGCCUGGAGCUGGUACUUCCACCACCCAUGCUGCUGCCUCCGCUGCUGCGCUGGCCGGCAGGACAGCAGGAAGGCCGGGAGCUGCUGCCUGGGCUGUCAUGCCGCCGCCUCUGGGGCCAGCUGGGCGGCAGGGAGGGCCCGGAAGUGCAGCCUCCACUGGUGCAGUGGGAAAUCCCCGCCAAGCAGCUGAUCCCAGGGCUUAAAUGCCCCUUUCUGUGCUGCUUUGCUGUGGCACGGAAAGGGGCAUUUAAACCCCUUGACCCGAAGCUUCCCAAAGUAAUAUGAAUCGCUUUCGGGAAGCUUUGAUUUGGGGUUUCCUGAUACAGAAAUCCCGAAUCUUUGCAAAUCGAGUCCAUUUCGGGUAUUUUACCCAAAUCGGAAACCCGAAUUGCAUACCACUAGUCAUGGCUUGGUUAAUUCCCCCCCCCCCGCCGCUGAAAUUCAGAUUUUGUCAUCAAAAUCCACAGUUCCUAUGAUCAUUGUUUUAAGUGUCUUAAGAAAUCGCUAUUUACUUUUGAAUGCUGGUGAAAUUUCAUUUCCGCUCUAACCAUUGGGUUCUGACCUUUUUUGGCCUGCCAUUCUCUAGAUGCAAUGCUGGCAAGUCGUCCCAGUGGCAAGGAGAAAUACUAAUGAACGAUUGCAGUGGUUUCCACGCUGCAAUCUGGGGAACCUUGAGAUUCUGCCGAAAAUCUUUCUCCCUGGGGAAUCGUGGGCAAGCGUCCCAGGAAGAAGGCUGAGCCUGGGCUCCGGCCUGUGCUUUUAGUUCAUGCAGGAAGGCCACGGGGCUUGGAGGCAAUCUGUACACGACACGGAAAUGGUCUUUUUUUAAAAAGCCUAUAAAAGGACAUCCAUCAUAAAAAAUGGGAGCUGCUUCUUAACUGUUAGCAAUAUUUUCAUGUGUCUGUUUCGCCGUGUGGCAUAUGGGAUGUUCACAACACUUCUCAGACGCCUCUGUGUCUUGGUUUGUGGCAGUAUGACGAAAAUCGGAGAGGAAGUAUGAUGAGUCCCAGAAUGAGGUCUGCCUGCCUUAUUCUGCAAUUGGACUGAGAGCCAAACUACAAGUGACGCCUGACACAGGUUGGACACUUGUCAGCUUCCCUCAGGUUUUGAUGGGAAAUUUAGGCGUCCUGGUUUUACAGCUUGGCUCUCCAUUACAGCUACAAGACCAGGAUGCCUACAUUUCCCAUCAAAACUUGAGGGAAGCUAACAAGUGUCCAACCUGUGUCAGGCGUCACUUGUAGCUUGGCUCAUAGAGCCACCCCUAUGGAGCAGCUUGAUAGGUUGAAUUGGUCUGAUUUUCAGUGUCGUUACAAUGUGGUUAAUACUGACUUCUUAUGUGUGAGAUUUUCCUUACGCACUUCCAUAAAAUUUCCCAAGGAAUGUGAAAGAAAUGUAUUUUCAAAGGAGCUUUAUUUCAUUCCGUGCUUUUUAAAAUAGCCAUAUAAAAUAUUUUAAGAAUGGAACCACUUUAUAAUGUCUUUGCAAAGUAUGUAAUGCACUUAUAAUUUUCUUAAUAAAAACAUGUAUUCAAAUUCUA